AUGAACCGAUUGGGAAUGGCGCUAGCGAUUCUCGUAUGGAACACGCUGUCUUGCCUGACCGGCUGGGCCACAUCGAGUCAUGGGGUAUACACCGAAGAAAACUCAUAUAAAACCGUUUUCAGAGGAGUAAUGUACAUGUUCGUGAAAAGUAACACUCAAAAUCAAUCGAACGCUGUGAAAGACAUUGAAACGCCUGUAACGCUAAUUGUGGAUGUUGACCAGUGA